GCCCGCCCGGCCCAGUCGCAGUUGUGCCGGCGAGCUGUGCAGUGCGUGUCCGAGUUUGCCGCCGGUCGCUGUGCGAGGCGGUGUCUGUGAAUGUGUGCGUGUGCGUGUGUGUGAGCGAGUGAGAGUGUGUGUGUGCGAGCGUGCGUGCCCCAGCGUACGCCGGCCGGCUACGCGCCGAGCCCGACCAAGUGCAGUGCAAGUGAGCAAGUAGUGCCCCGAGGAGGCCAAGGAGGCCGACCAAGACAACAAACAACAAUAACCGCGAGUGGAUACAGCCGAUUCGUCUAGGACCCCUGCGACCAGGAGGCCGACGAUGGCGGAGCUCAUGGAGACGGGGGGCGUCCCCAUGGGGGCGGGCCGCCGCCUCAAGACGCAGAAAUCGACGGUGUGGACGCGGCGGCAGCAGGCCGUGUGCGUGCGCCGCGCCUACAAGCGCUACGGCUCCAAGAAGAACCCCAACCAGAUCCUGGACGGGCUCAACAUGACGGUGCCCAAGGGGACCAUCUACGGCCUGCUGGGCGCGUCCGGGUGCGGCAAGACGACGCUCUUGAGCUGCAUCGUGGGGCGGCGUCGGCUCAACUCUGGCGAGAUCUGGGUGCUGGGCGGCCACCCUGGCUCCAGGGGCAGCGGCGUGCCCGGCCCGCGCAUCGGCUACAUGCCACAGGAGAUCGCCCUGUACGGCGAGUUCUCCAUCCGCGAGACCAUGAUCUACUUCGGUUGGGUCGCUGGCAUGACGACGAGCGAGGUGGAGGAGCGGCUCGACUUCUUCAUCAACUUCCUGCAGCUGCCGCCCGCCACGAGGGCCGUCAAGAACCUGAGUGGUGGACAGCAGAGGCGUGUCUCGCUCGCCGCCGCCCUUCUCAACAACCCAGAGCUCCUCAUCCUGGAUGAGCCGACGGUGGGUGUCGACCCAGUGCUGCGACAGAGCAUCUGGGAUCACCUGGUGGAGAUCACGCAGGGGGGGCAGCGGACCGUCAUCAUCACCACCCACUACAUCGACGAGACGAAGCAGGCGGGCAUGAUCGCCCUGAUGCGUGGAGGCAAGUUCUUGGCCGAGGAGUCCCCGGAGAUGCUGAUGCAGAUGUACCAAAGCGACUCUCUGGAGAAUGUCUUCCUCAAGCUGUCACUCGCUCAGAUCCAGGGCAAGCGGCGUCGGUCCAUCUACCUCAAGGAAGUGGCAGGAUCUGAAGACCCGGCGGGGGAAAGUACGGCAGAUGCGGCUUCCGAAAUAAGUGGUGAGUUUGGAGAUAAUGUCAGUAUUAAAAGUGGGCGGUCGGAGGGACACCAUUCUGUGACCGGCCCUUCAGAUCUACCCCCAGAGGAGGAAACUCCAUUUUCUUGUAAAGAUAUGUUCAUAAUCUUUUCACCUCAUCGUAUGAAAGCUCUGAUAUGGAAAAACUUCCUGUGGAUGUGGAGGAACUUUGGUGUUAUGGCAUUCGUAAUUGGCCUCCCAGUGUUACAAAUUUGCCUGUUUUGUUUCUCGAUUGGUCGUCCACCUUUGGGCUUGCACCUUGCAAUUGUGAACAAUGAACUGAACAACUGGACUGACCCCUGCCAUUUUAACACAAACUGCACUAUUGACAUGUUGAGUUGCCGCUAUUUAGCAGAACUUCAGAAAUACAACGUUGUAGAGGUUCCCUACCCUAAUGAAAUGGAAGCAAAGCAUGCUGUUAAACUUGGUCAUGCUUGGGCUGCUUUAUCAUUCCCAGGAAACUAUUCUAGUAGUCUUUAUGAAAGGCUUCAGCAAGGAAAAGAUGCUGAAGAUUCAGUUUUAGAUUUCAGUAACAUUGAAAUUUGGAUGGAUGCAUCAGACCAACAAAUCAAUCAACUCCUGACCAGAAACAUUCUAUUAUCCUUUGAGGAUUUUGUAAUGGAUGUCUCAAGAUCAUGUGACUACCCAGAGAAAGUGGCUAAACUUCCUGUUAAUUUUGAAACUCCUAUUUAUGGAAGCAAAAAUCCAAACUUCACCAAUUUUGCUGCCCCAGGAGUUAUCCUAACCAUUAUUUUCUUCUUAUCGGUAGCCUUGACCUCCGGAGCUAUGCUUAUAGAGAGAAAUGAGGGAAUUCUUGAAAGAAGUUUGGUAUCAGGAAUUACUGGAACAGAGAUUCUUUUCUCACAUGUUGUAACUCAGUUUUCUGUUAUGUGUGGCCAAACAAUUAUGGUACUUGCCUUUGCCUUCCUCACAGUGGUUGAAGUAAAUGGGGAUGUUGGAUGGGUUGCUUUACUCACUGUGCUGACUGGUUUAUGUGGAAUGUGCUUUGGUUUUGUUGUGUCAUGUGCUGUGGACAAUGAGCGAAAUGCUACUUACAUGGCCCUUGGAAGUUUUCUGCCAAUUGUUAUGCUGUGUGGAAUCAUCUGGCCAGUAGAGGGCAUGCAUUACAUCCUGAAAUUCAUAAGCUUCUUCUUGCCUCUCACCAAGUCAACCGAAUCCAUGCGAGCGAUCUUAGCAAGAGGAUGGACCAUCACAAAUCCAACUGUAUACUAUGGUUUUGUGUCAACCUUGCUAUGGAUAGCCAUUUUCCUUACCCUCAGUAUUUUGCUGAUUAAGUUCAAGAAGGGCUAAGCUUAAAAGUUGUUCUUCAACCCUUUCUGUGAUCAUUUGUGCUCAAAUUAACAAUGAGCAGUCUGCCCUGUUUUCAAAAAUGCUUCAAAUUUCUUUUCAAAUUAAUAGGUUUUAAGAAGAAUUUUACACUUUUGAGUCAUUAUUUUAUCUGUAGGUAGUUAAGAAUAAUCAUAAUUGUGGUAAAUGGACAAGGUAAAAUCUUUAGAAAUGAUUUUAAGUUUUGUCACAAAAAUCAGGUUAUUUCCAGCCUGAAAUACAGUACCAUACCAAUAACCAUUUAAAAAAUUGUGACCAUUAUUCAAAUUUUGUCACAAUGUUUGUACACUCUUGAUCAUUUGAAUUUGAAGUGAUUAUACUGUAUUAAUAAAUUUUAUUGUGGUGUUACAAAGGCAACUUUAACCUUAGUGAAACAAAUCUUUGCAUUUUUAUGCGAUGGUAUCCCCUUUAAAAAAUGUAUCACAAUGUGUUAAAAAUAACUUCUUUGAGAUUGAAAACAGAAUGUGGAACAUCUCUUAUUUAUAUCCAUAAUAAGUUUUAGUUUUCAAAGCAACCAUUUCAUAGUGCACUUUCGUGUUUUGCAGUUAGUCUACUGUGAUUUCAGUGUACAUGAUGAACUGUACAUAGGUCCAUAGCUUGGGUGAUAGACCCAAAAUAUUUUAUGGCAUGUAGAUAGACAAGUAUUAGCAUAAGAAUAAAUUUUAAUGUUGCAAUUGUUAAUCACCUGAAAAACAGCUCAACUAAUUUGAUUGUACCCACAAUUCGAUGGGAAAAAUCUUAUCGCUCUCUAGUUCCUUCUGUAAAUAAUAUUGCAUUUAGUCUAAUGUAGACACGAAUGCCUUGAACAUGUAUGAUGUGAUUCACACUACAAGCAAUGUAACUUUGUAAGAAACUGUGUUGGCUUUAACAGCCUAAAAGGGGAAGAUGUUGUGAAUAGAGCUUAAAGUAGGUUAAGCUAAAGUUUGUUUCCUCUUGAUAUGAACUCUGUUUAAGAGCAAUAAAUGUUUUAUGAACUUA